CGUGUCCCGGAACCUUCCUGCCGCCUCUCCCCGUUUCCCGCCGGGGCGGCGGGCGGUCGCCAUGGCAGCGGGCCCGUGGUGCUGGGCCCCGGCGGCGCUGCCGCUGCUGCUCGCGCUGCUGCUCGCGCUGCUGCUCGGCGGCGCGCGCCGCCUGCGGGGCCGUCACGCGGGCGCCGGGGCUCGCGCCUCCCCGCGGGGAAGGGCGGCGGCGGCGGCGGCGGCGGCGGCGCGGGCCGGUGGCGUCCGCGCGCUGCUGGUGACGGCGCACCCUGAUGACGAAGCGAUGUUCUUCGCCCCCACGGUGCUGGGCCUGGGCAGGGCCGGCGCCCGCCCCGCGGUGCUGUGCUGCUCCGCAGGAAAUUAUUACAAUCAAGGAGAGGUUCGUAAGAAGGAGCUGGAGCAGAGUUGUUUCCUGCUGGGGAUUCCUGCUUCUGAUGUAACAGUCAUUGAUCACAGGGAUCUUCCAGAUAAUCCUGCUGUUGAAUGGGACACACAGCUCCUCGCCAGCAUUGUGCUGGAGCACAUAGAAGCCAACAACAUCAACCUAGUGGUAACCUUUGAUGCGGGAGGAGUGAGUGGUCAUGCCAACCACAUUUCUCUUUACACUGCUCUAAGGUGCCUGCAUUCCAAAGGGAGGUUACCUGAAGGGUGCCAUGUGCUCGUGCUUGAAUCAGUGAAUCUCUUCAGGAAAUACAUCUCCAUCCUGGAUGUGCUGUUUUCCUGCCUCCUGCCCAGAGAUGUACUCUUCAUACUCACAGAGGAGGAGACUGAAAGAGCCAAGAGAGCCAUGCGGUGCCAUCGCAGCCAGCUCCUCUGGUUCCGCCACAUCUACCUGCUCUGCUCGCGGUACAUGGUGAUCAACUCACUCCGCCUCCUGUAGGAGAGAGGGCCUCACAGCUUCAGGAAGAAAGGAAUGAGUGAAUAAAGGACUGUGCCAGGCCCAGGACUAAAGAAAACUCACCUGCUACACGUUCAAGAGGACAGGAUUCUUUUUGUGUAGCAUUCUGUCAGGCUACAAAAAACAGGCUGUAUGAACUGCCUUCUGAAGAUCUUGUCGCAUGAGACAUUGAGAUGAACAGGCAAGAAGCUUAAAUAUGACAAGACAUUUGGAUUAACGUAAUUAGGAGUCAAAUGCAGGAGUGUUCUGCAUCAGAGAAGAUAUGGCACAAACUGUUUUUCCUCAAGAAGAAAUAGCUGCAAGGCCAGCUUAGCAACUAUCUCUUGGUGCUUUUGUAUAAUCCAGAUAUCAGGAGUGACUUUUCAAAGAUCAUGCUAUCUCCACAGAUUAAACCAAACCACAAGACCUGUCUUGCUCAGUCAGAACUUUAAAAAGCCAAAGCUUAUGAAUAAAACAUCAGAAUUCAUACACACUUCUCUAAUUCCA